GACCGACCUUUAAAAUUGGUCAAUCCGCGUCUUCAUAUUUUGAGUGCUGAGUAGAGUGGCAAGCAUUUCACUAACGCCUGCAAGUGAGAGGGUUUGAUAUCGGAGGAUCACCGCCAUCACCAACUCAUGAUGAGUGAACCUGGUAAAAAGCUUCAUGUUGCUUUGUUUCCAUGGGUGGCAUUUGGUCAUAUAAUCCCAUUCCUUGAUCUUGCCAAGCACAUAGCCCAAAGGGGUCAUAAAAUCUCCUUCAUAUCCACUCCUAGAAACAUCCGACGCUUACCCAAUAUCCCUUCAAAUUUAGCACCGCUUAUCAAUUUAGUGAGCCUCCCUUUACCCACAGUUGAACAUCUCCCACACAGUGCAGAGGCCACCAUUGAUAUACCUUCCCAGAAAAUUCCAUACCUCAAGAUUGCCUACGACGGCCUCCAAGGUCCUCUUCUCCAGUUUUUAAAAACUUCUACUCCGGAUUGGAUCAUUUACGACUUUGCUCCUUACUGGUUACCUUCCAUUGCGGCCAAUCUUAGGAUCUCGCGUGCCUUCUUCAAUAUUUUAGCUGCAUGGAGUGUAUCUUUCUUUGGAUCAUCAUCUUCUGCCAUGAUUAAUGGCGAGGAUCCGCGCACUCAACCAGAAGAUUUCACUGUAGUUCCUAAUUGGAUUCCUUUUCCUUCGAAGGUCGCAUAUCAGCUCCAUGAGGCAAAGCGAGCUUAUCCUGUCGGGGUAAACGAUUCAGGUGUCUCCGAUGUGUUUCGUUUAGGAUCAGUCAUUGCAGGUUGUGAUGUAAUAGCUGUACGGAGCUGCAAUGAGUUAGAGGCGGACUUUUUGAGGCUUCUCGGAGAGCUUCAUUGCAAGCCUGCGCUUCCAAUAGGUUUAUUGCCACCUGCAGAUUUUGAUGCCAGAUGUAACGAAGAUGAUACGUGGCUCGCAAUCAGAGAGUGGUUAGACAAGCAAAACAAAGGUUCUGUGGUUUACAUAGCAUUUGGAAGCGAGGUGGAACUGAGUCAACCUGAAAUAAACGAGUUGGCACUCGGGUUAGAGUUAUCAGGGUUGCCAUUCUUUUGGGUUCUAAGGAAACGGGAUAACUCGGUCGAGGUACCCAAUAGAUUCAAAGAACGAGUCGAGGGACGUGGCAUGGUGUGGACGAGUUGGGUACCUCAACUCAGAAUCUUGGGUCAUGAAUCAGUAGGAGGAUUUGUGACUCACUGUGGUUAUAGUUCAGUUAUAGAGGCACUUUACUAUGGACUUACUUUGAUUAUGUUGCCAAUCACUAUAAUAGACCAAGGGUUAAUUGCAAGAGUUUUUGGAGAGAAGAAGGUGGGUGUAGAGGUGACAAGAGAUGAGGAAGAUGGGUCUUUUGCGAGGGAAUCGGUGGCUGAGUCGCUGAGGAUGGUGAUGGUUGAAAAGGAAGGAAAAGUAUACAGAGACAAUGCAAAGGAGAUGAGCAAGUUAUUUGCAGAUAAAGAUCUUCAUGAUCGAUAUAUAGAUCAUUUUGUUGAGUUUCUGCAAAAUCAUUGAGUUGCUUGCAGGCAUUAACCCAACUUUUUUUUUCCUCUUAAAAAAAGUGUGAUGUAAAUGUAAAUGAACUAGCAGUGUAGGGCAUGUUUUUUUUUAUUUUUUGGGUCUCAUAGUCGUUAAUGGUGGGGCUGAAUCUCUAUGUUUGAGUUGAAUUCAUCGUUCCAGUUGGGUAAAGUGUCGUUGUCAGAAUCCGGUAAGUGCUAGUGCACAAUCUAUUGAUGUAACAUCUCAUUUGGAUUUUUAGAUAAUUAUUUAAUAAAAAUAAAUUCAAGUGGAAUAAAAAAUUA